AGUGCCCAUGGCAAUGCCCGACUCUCCCCGUCAGCAUCCUGUGGCCCGUGGGCCCAGGAGGCACCAGGUGCAGGAGAGCCCAGCGUGAGCAGCCACGCCAAGCAGAGGCCAGGCCCGAGGUUUCUGGGGUGGAGGGCCGUGGGAUAGUGGGUGGGGUACGUGGUGUGUCCUGUCUUCAGACAAGUAAGCAUCCGUCUUUGAUCCACGCAGGGCAUGACGCCACUGAUGUACGCCUGCGCUGCCGGGGACGAGGCCAUGGUCCAGAUGUUGAUUGAUGCCGGGGCGAACUUGGACAUCCAGGUUCCAAGCAACUCUCCCAGGCACCCUUCCGUCCACCCCGACAGCCGGCACUGGACCUCGCUGACAUUUGCUGUGCUGCAUGGACACAUCUCUGUGGUCCAGUUGCUGCUGGACGCCGGCGCCCACGUGGAGGGCUCUGCGGUCAACAGCGGCGAGGACAGCUACGCGGAGACGCCCCUGCAGCUAGCCUCUGCGGCCGGGAACUACGAGCUGGUCAGCCUGCUGCUGAGCCGAGGCGCCGACCCCCUGCUCAGCAUGCUGGAGGCCAACGGCAUGGGCUCCUCCCUGCACGAGGACAUGAACUGCUUCAGCCACUCGGCUGCCCACGGCCACAGGAAUGUCCUGAGGAAGCUCCUGACGCAGCCGCAGCAGGCCAAAGCAGACGUGCUGUCCCUGGAGGAGAUCCUGGCCGAGGGCGUGGAGGAGAGCGACACGUCCAGCCAGGGCAGCAGCAGCGAGGGGCCCGUGCGGCUGAGCCGGACCCGCACGAAGGCCCUGCAGGAGGCCAUGUACUACAGCGCCGAGCACGGCUACGUGGACAUCACCAUGGAGCUGAGGGCGCUGGGUGUGCCCUGGAAGCUGCACAUCUGGAUCGAGUCUCUGAGGACCUCCUUCUCGCAGUCGCGGUACUCGGUGGUGCAGAGCCUCCUGCGGGAUUUCGGCUCCAUCAAGGAGGAGGAGUACAACGAGGAGCUGGUGACCGAGGGCCUGCAGCUCCUGUUCGACAUCCUCAAGACCAGCAAAAACGACUCUGUCGCCCAGCAGCUGGCUGCCAUCUUCACCCACUGCUACGGCACCAGCCCCAUCCCCAGCAUCCCAGAGAUCCGGAAGACCCUGCCGGCCAGGCUAGACCCACACUUUCUGAACAACAAGGAGAUGUCGGACGUGACCUUCCUCGUGGAAGGAAAGCUGUUUUAUGCACAUAAAGUCCUGCUGGUGACGGCGUCCAACAGGUAGGCA